UGAAUGGUUUAAUUAUGCGUAAACUAAAGUUACCAUGGAAACAAAUAUUUGUAUACAUUGUAUUAAAACCAGAGAACUGAAAAUUCAACAUUAGCGCAAAAAUGGGAUGUUUCUGUUGCAAAACUUCUGUCAAAGAGCCAAAAAAACUGGUAUACUCAUGGGUUGAAAGAAAACACUUGGACCCUGCGGAUUAUGUGAUGGAAAAUUUAAACGGUUGUACUGCUUAUAAGUCUCCAGGAUCAAUUGGCGGCCAACAAUUUGUUAUUCGUAAUUGCCAGGACUCCAAUAUUUACUUGCUGGACCAUACUGGUUCAGUAACUGUAGAUGAUUGUCAAAGAUGCACAAUUGUAGUAGGACCAACCAAACAAAGCGUUUUUGUGAGGGAUACAAUCAAUUCAACAGUGGUAGUUGCCUGUGGUCAGUUUAGAGUUCGUGACUGCGCAUCUUUAAAGAUUUCACUGUUUUGCUCCACUCAGCCUGUGAUCGAAUCUAGUCGAGAAUUACAAUUUAGUUGUUACCAGUUCUAUUAUAACCAAUUAGCUGAUCAAUUUGUCAAAGCUGAUCUUAAUAUAUGGAAUAACAACUGGAGAACUGUGUACGAUUAUACAUGGAAUGAAGGUGACAACUGGACUGUGAAUGAAGAGCCUAUCGUCGUCGAGUUAUCUGAUCAAUUAAAUAAGUAUGGAAUUACAAGUGAAUCUAAAAAAUCAAUUGUACCUCUCACCAAAUGUAAUCAACAGUCUGGAGAAAAUUGCUUUGUCGCUUUUGGAUGUGGAAUUGAAGCUUCACGAUUUGUACAAGCUUUACAGUCGCAUGAAACAGAUUUAUUGUUAAUCAAAUGCAAUUAUAGUGAUGGCAAAGAUACAAAAGUGUUCCAAGAACGAGCCAAAUUAUUUGGAACUAAAAAAGUUGAAAGAAUAAUAGGGCUACAAAUACAGGGCCCACAUGCUAUAAACAAAUGUUUGGCGAUUUUAGCCAAUGAUUUUCCUCAAUUCACAACAAUGAUCAGUACAACAGACACCGAAGCCAAAGAACUAAUUAAAAUGUUUUUCCACACUUUUGAGAGUGAAUUUCAACCCUAAUGGUUAAAUUAUUUAAAAAUUAAUUUCAUUUCAUUUUUAUGUACCUAUUCCAUUAUCUUGAUAUAAUAUUAAUAUUAUUUAAAGACAUCAUUGUAAGUUUUUUUUCAGAAAUUGUUUAGUAACAAAUUUUAAAUGAAUGAAAAAUGUUUAUUUAAGCAUAAUGAUUUAUGCAUUUUAUAUAAUUUAAUUAGUGUAUAUUCAUUUCAAUUUUUCAGACUUAGUAUAUUUUAAAAAAUGUCUUGUUUAUAAAAUAUGAAUUUAUUUUUAGGUAAGAAUUUAAAUAAAUAUAUAAUUUUUGUUUAA